AUGGCGCAUCUUCGUCCGCUCAUGGCGCCGGUCUACGUGCCGGGUACGGAGCCAUUACCGCCGGGCAUGACCGAGGACGACCGUGCCGAGGUGCAAAAGAUCGCCAAGUGGAACAAGAUCGCCAACAUGAGCAUGGAGUCGUGUCCGACCAAGUGUCUGCUCUCUGGCGCGGCCGGGUUUGGACUCGGAGCGUUCUUCUCGCUCAUGUCGACGAGUUUUGCGGUCGACGACCCGCUUCGCCGCACGACACUCGCCGCCAACGGGCUGGAUGCAACCAAGGGCGUGGGGGAAAUGUCGACCAUGCAAAGCACAAAAGAGUUCUUCCGUCAGACGGGCAAGAGCAUGUACCGUUCCGGAAAGGGGUUCGGUAAAGUUGGCGCACUCUACUCGGGCAUCGAAUGCUGUAUCGAAGCCUACAGAGCGAAGAACGACUUGGUCAAUCCAGUGGCGGCUGGCUUUGCUGCUGGUGCGAUUCUUGCCAGGAACUCGGGCCCCAAGGCGGCUAUUGGCGGAGGCGUCGCUUUCGCCGCAUUCUCGGGCGCCAUCGACAUGUACUUCCGAAGAGAGACACCGGACGACGACUAG